AUGUUGCUUUUGCCAAAUACUACAAUCAUAUCUUUGACAUUUCUGCUAACAGGCAUUCCUGGCCUGGAAGCUGCCCACUUAUGGGUUUCUAUACCCUUCUGUUUCCUCUAUGCCAUUGCCAUCUCUGGGAAUAGCAUGAUCUUGUUUGUCAUCCUCACCAAUCAAAGCCUCCAUGAACCCAUGUUCUAUUUGCUGUCCAUGUUAUCAGCCACUGACAUGUGGCUGUCCCUCUCCACUAUGCCCACUACUCUAGGUGUCCUCUGUUUUAAUAUGCAAGAAAUUGGUUGGAGUGCCUGUAUUAGCCAAAUGUUCUUCAUUCAUUUUCUUACUGUCAUGGAGUCAUCAGUGCUCUUGGCCAUGGCCUUUGACCGCUACAUUGCUAUAUGUAACCCACUGAGAUACACCACCGUUCUCACUCCUAGCAAGAUCAUCCAGAUUGGACUGAUGAUAGUGGCAAGAGGAAUGCUGAUUGUGAUUCCCCUCCUUGCCCUUCUUAAGCGUCUUUCUUUCUGUAGGGAUAAUAUUCUCUCUCACUCCUAUUGUUAUCAUCCUGAUGUAAUCAAAUGUUCCUGCUCCAAUAUCAGGGUUAAUAGCCUCUAUGGACUCAUUGGGGUCCUUUCUUCCUUUGGUUUGGAUGCUCCUUUGAUUGGCAUCUCCUAUGUGUUGAUCCUUCAUUCUGUGCUCAAUAUUGCAUCCCCAGAGGAAUGGUACAAGGCUUUUAGCACUUACAUCUCCCAUAUUGGUGCUGUGGCUGUCUUCUAUAUCCCCCUCAUUGGACUGUCUGUCAUUCAUAGGUGGGGAAAGAAAGUACCUCCAUUUGUUCAUAUUUUGAUGUCUAAUGCUUUCCUCCUUCUUCCCCCUGUGCUAAACCCAAUCAUUUAUAGUGUGAAGACCAAACAGAUCCGAAGGGCUAUCCUCAAGGUUUUUCUGAAGAAAGGAAAUCAAAGCAAUCAUUAG